UACAGGAUGCGUCAGAUAUUUGAGGACACUCACAUAUGUGCUUGUCACUUCGCAGCAAUAUAUUUUUCUUUCUUUUUUCCUUUCAGAUCAUAAAUGGAUGGCAAUAAGCUAACUCAUGAAAUGAAAAGACACGCUGUUAUCGUCGCUAUACACGCGAAUCACAGCGAUCUUGAAAUCUCCGAAUUUUUGAAUCUCGCCCGAUCGUUUGUUCACAAAGUUCGUCGAGAGUUAGAAGUAUCUAAUGGCAAUGUUCAAAGUGUUGCCAAGCGCAAAACACAUAAAGCACGUUCAGACACAGUUAGAACAUCACAGUUUGUGCAGCAAGUCCAGGGCAUUAUUGAUGAAGACCCUUCAAAGUCCAUAAGGGCCAUAUCAAGAGAUCUUCAGGUUUCUGAGUGCACAAUCCGUCGCAUUGUCCACGAAGACAUCCGGUACAAAUCAUAUGUGAUGCGCAAAGGUCAGUUUAUGUCUGCACGCACUCGAGAACAGCGAUUCAUCCGGGCACAACGACUUCUAAGCAAGUUAAAACAUUCUGAAAUCUCGGAUAUGCUGUGGUUUUAUUCUGAUGAAAAAAAUUUUGACCAGGAUCAAAAAGUUAACCGAUGAAAUGAUAGGUGACUAUGUGCUGAUUCUUCAGAAGUUCUUCAUGUUAUGCACACAAAGUUUCCGGCAACUGUCAUGGUUUUGGGCGUGGUGAGCAAUGAAGGACACGUCAUGCCACCGCACUUCUUUUCUCAAGGACUUCGAGUGAAUGCUGCUGCCUACAUUGCGGUUUUGGAAGGAGUUGUGAAACCCUGGAUAGAUAGCGACAAACUGCUAUGAGACUACGAAGAGCAUACAAGUUGAAACAGGAUGGAGGACGGAGAGGGUGAAACUCGGUGAAAGAGGUAGAUCCAUGGUGAGAGGGGUGGGGAGAUGGAGGGGUAAAGGCGCUAUCGGCCGUGAAUAAUGCGCGGUGGCGUUCGCGUCCCAUCUCGUGCAUGCGUUCGAUUCGGCAACUCGGCUGGAUGGAUUGAUAAAGAUUAAAGGUAAAGGGAGGUGGCAGGGUCCAGGGGUGUUUUGGAGUUAGGCGACAGAAGUCAGCCAGCGAAACGAAGCGGGUGCUCGCUCGCGUGGGGGAUGAUGUCACAUAGGGGUUUCCCCUUGUCCAUCCCCUUCUUUCUUCCCUCCUCUCCGCCAAGCGUAAAUACAUACAGAUGCAGACCGGAUUGAUGCAUUGACCGAGCGCAGUGACGUAGGUACCCCACGUGUCGUGACAAAUUCUUUCCUUUUUCACUCAUUGCUCAUAUCGAUGAUUUCUGUCACUGUAACUUCGGCACCAAUUUAAAAAAUUCUCUGCAAUUUUAGACUAAUCUAGGGCUGACCUCCUGAACUACUUCUUCAAAUUGCCUGAAUUCACUAGUUAAUGACUCUCAUAUUCUUGCCAGAAUAAUUUUGUUCAAAUUUAUUUCAACAUUUUGCUAUUCUCUUUUGGCAAAAAAAUUUUAUAUUAUACAGUCAUUAUAUACUUCAUAUUAUACA